AUGGACCUUAAUGUUUACCCUCAGGUGGAUGGACCUUGGUGUCUUGGUGGUGACUUUAAUGUCAUACUUGACCCUUUGGAGAAGCUUGGUGGAAAACCUCAUAGAAUGUAUAAGAGCCUAGAGUUCAGCAGCUGCAUGGACAAUUGUGAGCUUACUGAUUUGGGCUAUGUGGGACCAAGAUUCACUUGGUGCAAUAAUAGGAGGCCAGUGAAAAUGAUCUGGAAAAGACUUGAUAGAGUCUUUGUCAAUGAAUUUUGGCAAAAACUCAAAAUACUCAGUAAAAAGCUCGGUCAAUGGUCUAGGGAAGUGAUUGGCAAUGUUUAUGAUGAAGUCAAUGUAUGGGAAGCCCAGAUGCAAGACCUAGAAAACAUGGAUAGAUCUCUUAACACUGAGAAAACUAGAGAAGAGCUUAAUAAGGGCAAUGCUGAAUAUAUUAGAUGGUUGGAUAUGCAAGACAAACUUCUUAAGCAAAAAGCUCAUAUCAAAAGGGCUGAUGAUGGAGAUAGAAACAACAAAUACUUUCAUUGCUUGAUCAGAGAUAGAAGAAGAAGGUUUCAACUGCAUAGAAUAAAAAAUAGUACUGGCAAUUGGGUUCAAGGAAAUGAGGGUAUUGCUAAGGUUGCCAUACAUCAUUUUGAGCAUAUGUUCAAUCUCAACCACAAUUUUACUGAUCAUAAUAUCCUUAAUGUGAUCCCUGAAUGUAUCACUACAAGAAAAAGGCUUAUUAGCGAUCAACAUUUAGUGACGGGUUAA